CACAAGCCGAAUAAAUUGCCCACAGCCCAACCAGCAAGUCCCCUCGUCCCUCUCCCGUACCCUAACCCUAGCCACCAGACGCCGGCUCCUGACCGCAACCGAGCGAUCCCCUCUCCCACCCCGCCGCCUUGAUCCAGAUGAACACGCCUCCGUCCAGAUCCAGGGCAAUGAUGGGAGGCUGGGGGGUUUCGGAUGGGUACGAGGGAGGAUCAAAGAGGCCACGAAUGAUGAUGGAAUCGAAUCCCUACUUCGCAGUGAACGCAGGGAGUCCGUUGGAUGUCUCAAAGAGGGCCAGGAUGAUGGAACCAGGUCCUUCCUAUUUCGGAGCAAUGGGCAGCAAUGCUGGCGGUGCCAGCGGCGGCUUCUACCAGCCCUUCAGCGGCAACUUAGCUGGUGCAGGGGUUAGCACUGGCAUCCAAAACUUUCCAGGUGUCCGACUACGAGGGCUCCCUUUUGAUUGCAAUGACAUUGACAUCUGUAAGUUCUUUGUGGGGCUGGAUAUAGUGGACUGCCUUCUGGUUCACAAGAAUGGCCGCUUUACUGGCGAAGCUUUUGUCGUCUUCCCAACAGCCAUGCAAGCUGAAUUUGCUCUGCAUCGCAACAGGCAGAACAUGGGUAGGAGGUAUGUUGAGGUAUUCAGAUGCAAGAAGCAGGAGUACUACAGCGCAAUAGCUAAUGAGGUGAACCAGGGUGGGUUCUUUGACUCGGAGUACCGUCACUCCCCACCACCUCCGAGGCCCAAGAAGCCGGCUGAAGACAAGGCCAGCAUGGAGUACACUGAGGUGCUUAAGCUCCGUGGCCUUCCGUACUCUGCCACCACAGAAGACAUUAUCAGGUUCUUCGCGGAGUACGAGCUGACAGAGGAGAAUGUGCACAUCGCGUACCGCAUGGAUGGGAAGGCUACUGGUGAAGCCUUUGUUGAAUUCCCAACAGCUGAAGUUGCAAAGACUGCCAUGUGCAAGGAUAAGAUGACCAUCGGGACAAGGUAUGUGGAGCUGUUCCCGUCGACCCCGGAGGAGGCCAGCAGGGCGAAAUCCCGAGGCAGGCAAUGAAGAAAUGACAGUACUCUGCGGUUGUAUGCAGCUGCGUUCGAGUUUAGCUUUUACUCUGCAUGCUAAAGUGUAUCGCUGUUAGGAUUCCCAAAGAAAAGACUAUCGCAGUUGGGUGGUGUUAGUCUGCGUCCUGUUGCUACUGCUCGUAUGGUGACUUCUUAUGUGUGAACCGAAUUGUAACAGUUUUCCUUCGUUGGUUGCACUUGCAUGGCAUAAUCAUUGAUACCUUUACUUUAUUUGAGUUUA